AAUGUAUAUAGGCGAGUGUGUGCAGGGUACAUCGGUGUUGGAAACUACUUUUGGAUUUGGACAGCUGUCCGUACGUGGUCGAAAGCUCUCUUCGCGCGCGCUGAUAGUUUUUGGUUUGUUUUUGAGUAUAGGCGCGGAUUUCAUAAGCGGGAUCGUGACAUUCCUCGCUUAAUAGAGUAGAAUAGAUGUAGAUGGAAAUAUUCUGAUUUGCAUUGGGUUGAGAAUGAUACAAGUUGCGGUUUUUUUAGCGAUGACUGCACUAGCAUCAAAUAUACUGAAUGUUCUAUUCCGUAAGUUUCAUUCAAGAUAUAAAAACAGUCUUGAAGAAGAGACUCGUAACAUUUAUUUCAACGAGACCCCGCAAACGAAGAAAGUGCAAGUGAUUGCCACCUGCCUACGAAUAAAUACGUAUCACCUAAGUAUACAGAACAGUGUUCUGUGUAUAUAGUAAAGUUCCUCAAGCGAAAAGUCUCCGCCCACGCAGCACGAGCUCGUGUCGAGAAUGAGCAAAUCGUCGGUACCAUUUAUGUACACCACAACGUCAAAGGACACAAAAUAAGCGGGAGAAACGAAAGGCCGAUUCUAGUGCUGACGCCCACGAGCUUCUCGCGAUCGGUGAUUCGACUGAACUUAGCCGCAAGCGCGAGCGUACAUAUUUAUACCAUAAAUAGAUUUGAAUGAAAAAGUGAACUUCCUACAAACGAUGUUUGUAUUAAAAAUGCUGUAUACUUAGAAACAGAUGUAAAAUAUCGAAUUAAAUUAAUGAUAAUAAUGCAUAAAAUCUCAAAUAAACGUCACUUUUGAAAUUCCCGGUUGAUUCAUUGAGCUUUCUUAUAUUAUGCAGCUGCAUAAUAUAUAAAAUAAAGAGUAAGUAUAUAUGAUACUCUUUCCAGUAAACAUUUAACUUUCCAAUAACAAAUCGUCGACAUUGAAGUUUGUAUAUUACUUAUUAGUUUAGAAAUAGAAUCGCGCGUAUAGAACACGAUUUUUGCUCCCCAUUUGGAUAUUUCGCAAAAUCAAAAAAACACCGUACAGAACAUCAAAAGCCCCUGUAACAGCAAAAAAUUUUCCAGUUUGAGCAACUUUCACAGCUUCUCUAUACGCAUGCGUCAAUGCUACGCAGCAUAUAGUAUAGAUAAGAUACAUUGUAAGCGCAGCUAUCGUGCUGAUGAAUGGUACAUGCAUCAUCUGACCAGCAUUCCUUACCACGGUCUACAGACUCCUAGUUGUAUUGUGAUAAUUUUGGAAUUUUGCAAGUGAAUCGAUCCGAUAAGUAAUUAUAGUAAUAAUAGCAGCGAAGUCAUGAUGGACCCUUUGCAAAUAUUGCCUAUGGAAGACUGGCCGUUACUCCGCGAUACUUUGAAGCGGGACUGGCCAAUGUAUGCGUAUCACUACAACUGGGUAAAAACCGCAAUCAAAUGGAGGAAAAAGGAACCCGAAUUAGAACAUGAAAUUUAUUGCCCCAAUGGUAAAUAUGAUUCUGGGGUGUUCGUUGGUAUCUUGAACUCAGGAUUUUUCGUAACAACAGUAUUUGCUUUCAAAGAAUCUAAAGAUGUAUUGAAACAGGCCAUUAAUGAAACGAAAAUAAUAAAAUGGGAUAAAGGCGUCUUAUUUAACAGUGUUCAUGAACAUUUUGUAGACGUUGUUGAAGAGUUUCUAGAUAAGAUAAAAAAGCGAAAGAACAUACAAAUAAUCAAGGACGUGACGAAUUAUUUUUUCAAAUCCAAAGAAGAUUGUGCGAAGCAGGAGCUACCAAAGAUUCCCGAAGAAUGUGAAAUCAAACAUCUAAACUUAUCAGACAUUCGAUUGAUACACUCGAUUUGGCCUCACCGAGACCUUGAAAGGCCAGAAACGAGUGAAAAAUAUCUGGAAAAUUUCAUUAGGUUGAACAGAGGCGUAGGUCUUUUUCUAAAGAAAAAUGGUCGUUUAGUUUCUUGGGUUUUAUACGGCGAACUAGGCCACUUAGGAAUGCUUCAAACAGUGGACGAACAUAAACGAAAAGGUUACGGAAAAAUCGUUACCCAAGUACUGAGUAAAGAAUUAGCAGAUGAAGAGGGAUUGGACUCAGUAUUGUUUGUUGUUGAUAAAAAUGUCGCCUCGGAAAAAUUAUUCGAAUCCCUAAACUAUAAGCGUGUGGCUACAACCUUUUGGUUUAAAACUGAGCCAUUUACAGAAUAAUAUUAGUGUAUGAAAAUAUUUAUGAUCGAGAAAAUGAAAAUAGUAGGCUUAUGUGAAAUUAAACGGAUAGAAAUCCGUUAUAUUUAUGCGUUCCUUAAUGCAAAAGAUAGAGACAUACGUAAUUUUUAUUGUUAAUAUAAAUUUUAUAAUUGUCGCAUUAUAUCACAGAUAUUUUAAAAAUACUCUUAAUGUAUAAAGAUGUGAUAAUUGAUUAUGUAAAAAAUAUAAAAUUAUAUUUUUGAACCAUAAAAACCUGAGCUCAAACGUUUAUAAUUCAUCUUUGUAGUUUCCUCCCAGUUUUCUAAUACUGCCAAUAAAUAAAGGAAUACUGCUUGGUUUAUGAUGUAUAAUAAACAUGAACGGAUGAUCUACUGCAAAUACAUCUGUGUCAGUGACCAUACGUCGCGAUCUUAUUUGGGCAACUACAAAAACAAUUUUGUUUUAACAGUUAUAUCAACAUUGAUUUUGUUAAAAAUAAAAAAUUACCUGUUGCUGCUGCUGCUUCUGAUCCCUUUUCAUCAACCUCAACAAUAAUUUUUUGCAACACUCGGUCUACAUACAAUGCUUUUUCAGCCAUGCGACUGAAAUUCGCUCUUUCUGUAAACAUUGCAUUCAUUCCCAACUGCGAAAUUAUUUACGUUAUUAUUUUACAUUUUUGAAGAACUAUAAUUUACAAAAAAAGUAAUAUUUACUUUUUUCAAUGCAGAUUUCAAAUUUAUAGUGGCCUCGACUUUAAAUUUUGGUAAAAACAAUUCAACUUCUGUAGUUAAACAACUUGCUUUUGAAAUUUUGUUCCAAUCAAAAUUUUUUUCCAGUUCACGUAGACCAUCUUUCUCGUCGGGUAAUAUAAGUAUCAUUUCAAAUUCUUUGCUCUGAAAUUUUUUUUCAAGUCAUCUAUAACUCUAUUUAAUUAUAUUUAAUACUAAAAUAAAUUACAAACCAAAUAUUUCAUUUUAAUAAAACUUGAUCUAAGACUUUUAAUAUGACCAUGUAAUACAUUAAAUGUUUUGUGCAUAGUUGGAACAUAUGUUUCAAUACCAUCAAUAUUGAAAAAUUUUCUUUUUUCCGUGAACUGUGAUUCAAAUGGAUUUAGCCAACUGCUCUUAAAGUAUAGAGCAUUUAUCAGUAUUACUUUUGUGUAUUUGUCAAUAUCAUCUGUAAUAAAAAGUAUUAUUUCAUUUUA